UGAGAGAGGCAGGAAGAGAGGGAGGAACGACAGCAGGUGAAUUGUUAUGAAAUGCUGUGGAGAAUGUGUGGAAAGUCACCACCAUGUUAAUAUUCAGCUGUGGUCUGACUGCUGAGGUCGUUGGCACGUGCGCCAGUCACCUGGUAACAGGUGUUAUGUGACACACAGAGACACACAUGCCAUGGAGGGAUACUCAAAGGCUGCUGUUUACAGGUCAUGGUGACAGAUGAAAACAGGAUAUCUACCACCGAACCACGAUUCACCGCCUCUUGUUGUGUUACCUGUUGAGAGUCCUGGCUUAAAAGUAUGAUACUCAAAUAGUUGGAUCGACAAGUUUUACCAACUGCUUACCAAACAAAGACUUUCAACCAAAGCUGGGUUAACUCAUGUUCGGUCACAGUCAAUGAUUUGAGAAGUCAAGAUUCCCUCUUUCUCUCUGUGUGUUCUAUGAGAACAGUAUAUUUAGUCAUUAUAGCACCAUGCCCAAAGGGGAUACUACCACCAACCCUGAAACAGAUAUUACGUGGGAGGUGAGAGCAAACAGCCGCCACUUCCACAAACAUCGACAGCGGAGAUCCUUUCUGUGUUUCCGCUGGGGCCGAUAUGCCGACAAUGUGGUGCGCAGUUUUAAGUACUCCCCUCUGACCUUCCUACCCCUCACGCUGUACGAACAGUUCCAGCGAGUAGCUAACCUUUACUUCCUCCUCAUGGUGGUGAUGCAGUGUGUCCCUGCCAUCUCGUCCAUCCCCUGGUACACCACCACCAUUCCCCUGGUAAUAGUGCUGUCAGUACGGGGGCUUAAAGACCUGGCCAAUGACCUGGCCAGGAGACGCAGUGACUCUCAGAUUAAUAAGCGACCCAGUGAUGUUCUCAUCUCCCAGAGUUUCAGCCCAUCCCAGUGGAAGGAUGUGUGUGUGGGAGAUGUGUUGCGGAUUCACAAAGACCAGAUAAUCCCGGCAGAUCUACUGCUCCUCUGCAGCUCUGAGCCACACAGCCUGUGCUACGUAGAGACAGCUGACAUUGAUGGAGAGACCAAUCUAAAGUACCGGCAGGCCCUGGACGCCACCCAUACAGAGAUGACCUCUGACCCCACAGAACAGACCCUGGCUGCCUUCGAUGGCGUUGUGUUGUGUGAGGAGCCCAACAGCCAUCUGUACACCUUCCGGGGGGAGCUCCGCUGGAGAGGAGAGCGCCACCCUCUGGACAGUGAACACAUCCUGCUGAGAGGAACAGUACUUCGAAAUACAGACACAGCCUUUGGCAUGGCCAUAUACACCGGCUCAGAUAGUAAAAUCCUUCGCAACGUUGGUCGGCUCAGAGUCAAGAUGACUCAGAUUGAGAAGGUCCUGAACAAAGUUGUCAUUGGGAUAGUGCUGCUCCUGCUGCUGGUGGCUCUACUGCUGGCUGUGGGGUCGGGAGUAUUUCAGGGGCGUGUGUCGUCCCAAAUAGAGGUUCUGUCUGCCUUAACGAAAGGAAACUCGCCCAUCUACACAGCCUUCCUCACCUACUGGAGCUAUGUGAUCCUGCUCAGCCCUGCCAUGCCCAUGUCUCUCUACAUCACGUUUGAGAUGAUCCACGUGCUGCACAGCCUGUUUAUAGGCUGGGACGUAGAGAUGCGAGGAGGGGUGGAGAGGUCCAUCCCUGCCCAGGCCCGGAACACCUCUCUGAAUGAGGAACUGGGUCAGGUGGGACAUCUGUUGAGUGACAAGACAGGCACCCUCACCCAGAACCGCCUGCUCUUCAGACAGUGCUGCAUUGCAGGGGACGUCUAUGGUGAUGCGUCAAUCAGUGCAGAGGAAUCACAGACAUUAGACCUGAGCUGGAACCCGUUCUCCUGUGGCGGUCUGUAUCUGUCUGACCAGCGGCUGGUGGACAAGUUGAGGGGGCAGCAGUGCACACAGAGCAGACAGUUCCUCACCACACUGGCACUCUGCCACACCGUCAUGACCGAAUGGAAGAACGGGGCCCCGGUGUACCAGGCUGCGUCCCCAGACGAAGAGGCCCUGGUGGGGGCAGCCAGGGAGCUGGGCUGGGUCUUCCUCUCCAGGACCAGGGACUCUCUGACAGUCAGUGAGCUGGGCCUCAAACGCCACUACCAGCUCCUCACUCUGCUAGACUUCACCAGCCAGAGGCGACGCAUGUCUGUACUGGUGCGGGAGCCAGAGGGAGGGCUGAAGUUAUACUGUAAAGGUGCUGACAUAGUGAUCCUGCGAGGACUACAAAAAGACUGUCCACAUCUGGAAAGCACUGAGAGAGCCUUAGAUCUGUUUGCCCAGUCCUGUCUGAGGACUCUGUGCAUAGCUGAGCGUACUGUAUCUGAGGCCAAAUGGGAGGAGUGGAGCAAAACCAUGGCCCAGGCUGCCAUGACAACCCGUAAUCGUGAUGACAUGCUGGAACGGCUGCAUGACGACAUGGAGAGAGAUCUAAAGCUGCUGGGGGUGACAGCUAUAGAGGACCGGUUGCAGGACGAGGUCCCUGAGACCAUCUCCAUGCUCAGACAGGCUGGACUCAAAGUCUGGGUGCUGACCGGGGACAAGAAAGAGACAGUGGUGAACAUAGGGUACGCCUGCAGACUUCUGGAUCCUGAUACCAGACUACUAGAAGGGGAUGAACUGAGGCAGCUCCUCCAGUCUCCUGAUCCAGAGAUUACUUUCUCCAAGGGCAAAGAGACAGAGCUGUGGUGUGUGGACAGGGAGAGGGCUGGGGAGAAAUCAGCACUGGUCCUCACCGGCCCUGAACUGGCGGAGUUUGAUGCCAGGCCAGAGUGGGGUGCCAGGUUCAUGUCCCUGGCAGGGCUGUGCCAGUCAGUGCUCUGUUGCCGUGUGACUCCCGGCCAGAAGGCUGACGUGGUCACACUCGUUAGGAAAAACACCGCCUCCAUCAUCAUGGCAAUAGGUGACGGCGCCAACGACGUGAACAUGAUCAAGACGGCUCAUAUAGGGGUAGGUUUGGCUGGGGUAGAGGGGGGUCAGGCAGUUCAGAAUGCUGACUAUACCCUGGCCAAGUUCAGAUUCCUACAGAGACUCCUAUUGGUCCACGGACGCUGGUCGUACCGCCGAAUUGCUGUCUUUCUGCGUUACUUCCUGUACAAAACCUGCAGCUUCGCUUUGGUGCACAUUUGGUUCGGCUUCUUCAACGGCUUCAGUGCCCAGUCUCUGUAUGAGAAUUGGUUCAUCAUCCUGUACACUGUGUUCUACACUGCAAUGCCAGUAGAAUGCCUGGGCAUUUUUGAGCAGGAUGUGAGUGCAGAGUGCAGUCUGAGCUGGCCGGAGCUCUACAAGGUUGGCCAGAGACAGGAGCUGUUCAACACCUGGCUGCUGGCUGCCACCCUGCUCCAUGCCCUCUACACCUCUCUGGUUCUCUUCUUUAUGCCCCUGGGGGUCUUCUACAACUCUGCCCUGGACUACCAGACCAUGGCCGUCACUGUCAGCAUAGCAUUGUUGUUCUCUGCCACCAUUGAGAUCAUUCUCCUGACCAGACACUGGACUAAGUGGAGUGUGGCUGCGAUGUGUGUCAGCUUUGGCCUGUUCUUUGUGUGUACGCCUAUCACUCACAGUCCCAAGCUAUUUGAGAUGUCCCCAGUUGACUACUACUUCCCUGGUGUGUCUCAGAAUGCCUUCCCCAGCCCGGUGGUGUGGUUCACAGCCCUGCUGACAGCCUGGACUGCUGUCCUACCCUCCUUUACCAUCCACACCCUCAACAUCAUCCUCACUAACCCAGACAAACAUAGGGUUCACAUCACCAAGCACGGGCCUGUAGAGCUGCAGAAGUCUGGCUUCAGGAGAGGAGACUCCCACCGCCGCUCCUCCUACGCCAUGUCUCAGGGCCGAGGCAUCGGCCGUCUCAUCACUUCUGGAGCUAGUCGCCGUAGCACAGCUCCCCCGGUGGACAGGAGGGGAACUUUAGGUGAAAAUGUCACACUAGCAGGCCAAACACAGAGCGAUGAUGCUCCGAAGAAUAUUACUGAAAAUGGUUCAUCCAAAUAGAUGGAAAUGGGAUUGAGAAUGUGUGUAGGUCCCUCCACAACUACAAGAAUAAUAUAUUUUCUACAGCAGUAAAAACAUUGCAAAUAGGGCCUUUCUAUAGGGUCAUAGUUUAACCCAUGAUUUAGCACUGGUAGUUCAGCACCUUGGACAGCAGAAUCCCAGACCGGGGUGUAGCUGUUCAAAUGAUGGUUGGAUGAUAUGGGAGUGGUUUGUGAGGAUGGCAUACAGAUGUACGAUCUUAAUUUGAUCACCCUGUUGCAGGAGAUACACUACAUUACCAAACAUCUGUGGACUCCUGCUGGUUGAACAUUUCAUUCCAAAAUCAUGGGCAUUAAUAUGGAGUUGGUUCCCACGUUGCUGCUUUAACAGCUUCCACUCUU